AUGGAACAGGUAUGGUUACUGCUCCUGCUGACGAUUAAAGUGCUUUCAGUGACGGCUCAGUUCAAUGGAUACAACUGUGAUGCUAACCUCCAUAGCAGGUUUCCUGCUGAACGAGAUAUCAAUGUUUUCUGUGGAGUACAGACAAUUACUAUGAAGAUAAAUUUUUGCACAGUUCUUUUUUCUGGUUAUUCUGAGACAGAUCUGGCACUGAAUGGGAAACAUGGGGAUGCCCACUGCAGGGGUUUCAUCAAUAACAACACUUUUCCAGCAGUGGUCAUUUUCAUCAUCAAUCUGAGUACUUUGGAAUCCUGUGGAAACACUUUAGUGGUAUCCUCAGCUCGAGGUAUCAGUGCUUAUGGAAAUACCUCAGUGGUACAAAUAGGUAAUGUUUCAGGCUAUAUUGAUACGCCAGACCCACCAACGAUUAUCAGCUAUUUGCCUGGGCUUCUGUACAAAUUUAGCUGUAGCUAUCCACUGGAGUACUUGGUUAACAAUACCCAGCUUGCUUCGUCAUCAGCUGCUAUUUCUGUAAGAGAAAACAAUGGUACAUUUAUCAGCACUUUGAAUUUGUUGCUUUACAAUGAUUCAACCUACAGCCAGCAGCUCCUUAUUCCAAGUACAGGUUUACCUUUGAAAACCAAAAUAUAUGCAGCUGUAAGAGCAACCAACCUUGAUGGCAGGUGGAAUGUUUUGAUGGACUACUGCUACACCACGCCAUCUGGUAAUCCUAGCGAUGAUCUUCGAUAUGAUCUUUUUUUCAGCUGUGACAAGGACCCGCAGACAACUAUAAUUGAAAAUGGCAAGAGCCAAAUGGGCCGCUUUUCCUUUGAGGUGUUUCGCUUUGUGAAGCACAAGAACCAGAAGAUGUCUACGGUCUUCCUUCACUGCGUGACAAAGCUGUGCAGAGCAGAUGACUGUCCCUUUCUUGUGCCAAUUUGCAGUAACAGAGAAAGAAGAGACACUGGUGGGAGGACAACUUGGAGCCCUCAGAGCACCUCUGGCAAUGCUGUAAUCUCUGCUGGCCCCAUCAUUACAAGGAGUGAUGAGACGCCAACCAACAAUUCACAGCUUGCUCGUCCAAACGGACCUCCUUUCCAGCUGAACUCAGUCACCAGCGCACUGAUUUCAGGCAUUGUCAUCCUAGGAAUCACAAGCAUUUUCUUUUUUGUAUGUUCCCUAACUCUUCUGCACAGGAAGUGGCCCAACAGUUCAGUCUUGAGUGGCAUCCUAAACCCAGUUUUCAACUGA